ACAAGUUGUCAUGUGACAAUUUGUCCAGGAAAAAUUACACAUUUUUUUACACGACACCUUAGACAACGAAAAUGCAGUCCCAACAUUCAACGCCGCAGAUAGAAGCCGAUCGACAACUCCUCGCGUUCGAGGAGUACGAAGACUAUUUGGACUCCUUGGUUACACCAAUGGAUCGAUGCUACCUGAGGAGUACCCUCGUCUCCAGAACAAUAGCAGAAUUGGGUUACAGGAGUGCCGGCGAGACUUUGACACGUAAACAGUUCAAGAAACGAGUUCAGGCAGUCAUCAACUUCUUAACACCUCCAUAUAAGCCGUACGAGUUAGCCAGCGAAUUAGUCACCGAUAAUGAUCCGAUAUAUACUGAACUGGCGAUUAGAGAAAGAUCCAAUCGAGUCGGAAUCGUUUCUACAAUUAUAUUCUUGAGAGUUGUAACAGAUGCAGGAAAGGAGUUAUCUGGAUACAUAGAUUACAAUCACAGAUUGACGGUGGAGGACUGGAAGCCUUUCUUCAAGGGUCAACAGAAAAUACAGCCAAAACCUUCAGAUUUGGGAUUUUAUCAUUGGGGGAAACGAGUUUUGGUCAAUGAUUCUCUCAACUAUAAGGCUCUAAUGGACCCAAGCAAGGGGUUAAUAUUUCAGAAUCGGUUCGAUAGAAAAAUGAUCAUUGUUGAUCCAGACUCAGAUCCAGGUAGCAACACCAGAAAGAAGAGGAUUUUUUCAAGACACUACGAUCAUGUGGUACUUUUCGAUCACUUUGUCAGACAGAGAAUUUAGUAUGAUUUUUACCAUAUUAUAUGAUUUACACUUUUAAUUAAA